AUGGGCAAGAAUCGGCUGGCCCGAUGGGUACUGUGCGUCGGAUUGUUGAUUCUACUGUAUUUGCUGCUACGAUCUGGGGGGAAUGCGGAAACGGAACCAUGCCACCAAGCCCUGCUCUCCUUGAACAUGACGGCUGUCGGGCUGGUCAUCGUCGACCCAGUUUUCCUCUCCGAAUUCCACCGUAACUGCCAUGCCAUUCCGCGAUACCCCCUGAUGACGAUGAUCGCAAAAGAUUCGGGGCAUACCGUAACUCGAGAGCUACUCAAGCUUUUUCGCGUGCUGCCAUACACCGAAAACGACGCCGAAGAUUUCAUCCAGGUCCAGGACAAUCGCACGUUUAGAUUGCUCCCGAAAAGCAUCAUCUACCAUCAAAUAGGAAGCGUGAAAUUGCCGGCGAAUAUUCCGCAGUUUCUCGAAUUCUGGCGUCGAAGUCGUGAAAUUGAAUGUAAAAACGUGUUACAACGAGAUGAAUCGGAGACAAAUCGAACAUAUCCCCUCGAAGCGAUUGAAGCGCUGGCCGAUAUUCGGGAUAUUAUCAUCAAUUAUGGGGCAUAUCCAUUUCUGCAGGGUGGCACGUUAUUGGGCUGGUACCGCGAGUGUUCAAUCAUUCCCCAUACCUAUGAUAUGGAUCUCGGGAUCAGACACGCAGAAUUCAGCCCAUCACUGCAACAUCAUUUCGCAACACUUCCCACCAAUGGACCGUUGGCAUUGUAUCGAAUACUUGGAAUGCCGUGGGAAGGCUACGAAAUGACGGUGUACGCGUGGGAUUUCGAGUUGCCGGUCGAUAUAUUUAUUGUGUACGAUGAGGGCAGAUAUUCAUGGGUGGGCGGUACGAGCAACUCACUUCAAAAGUACAGAUACUACUAUCCACGGUACACCUCAUUCUGCUCGGCAAAUCUGCUCGGGCGCCAUUUUUUCGUGCCCUGCAAUGUUGAGGAGACGAUUCGGGUGGAUUACGGUCCAAAAUGGGCGGAGGACUGGCCGACCGAUCUCUACAGCUGGUCAUCUUCCGGCAAAAACGUCAAGAAAGCCGGAAAAUGGCCGGAACACAUGCGGAAGCAAGUGUUGCAGAUAUUUUUGGGGUCCGCGUCGACGAGUGACGAA